AUACAGUUACAAUUGGUAUAAAGUAAGAUAUUGACAUUGUCAUUAACUGCGUUGUACAAAAGGUUUCAGGAUGAACGUUUGUAUGGAAAACGCGAACCGCAAAAUUCAGGUUUGGUGCAAGCGCAUUCCUGCAAGAUCGAUUGUGCUUGUGAUGAAUUUCCUUGCCACAUUCUGCUUGUAUGUUUUACGAAUGAACUUGAGCGCAGCCAUCGUGGGCAUGGUCGACUACGAAAAGCUGAACGCUAUUAGGAUGAACUCUCAGUCCAAUUUGAGUUUACAAAAUGAAAGUCGGCGGCAGAAUGAAUCUCUACAUUUCACGUAUUCAGCAUGUGAACAUGCUUAUUAUGAUAAUAAAGAAGAUAUCAAAACGUCAGUUGUAGUAGAAGGUAAAAAGUUUUUAUGGGAUGAAAAUAUGCAAGGUUUGGCAUUGGGGGCUUAUUUCUACGGAUACGUAUGUUCACAGAUCAUCGGAGCAUGGAUUGCGCGAAAAGUUGGACGCGUUAAAGUGAUGGGAUUUUCAGUUCUUGCUGCAUCGUUGUGUACAAUUCUCACUCCAGCAGCUCUUGAGAUAGGAUUUGAAAUGUUUGUGAUAGCGAGAAUCGCGAUUGGUUUAUUUUCGGGAGUUAUCUACCCAUUACUGUAUGCGAUGUGGUCAAUGUGGGCACCACCAUCUGAAAGAGGCAUGCUGAUGGGACUCAAUUUUUCGGGCACAGCAAUCGGAAUAAUAGCAACUUUACCACUUUCUGGCUUGUUAACGACAACCUUCGGUUGGCAGUCGGCGUUCUAUGUAACAGGUUCAAUUGGGUGCGUAUGGUCUCUUUUGUGGUUGAUCCUGAUAUACGAUUCUCCCUCAGAACAUCCGAGAAUUUCAGAAAAAGAGAAGAAUUUUAUACAGAACGCACUUGGACAUAAUAGAGACGGCAAAGCAAAGAGAGAGCGAUCGAGACCGGUGCCGUGGAAGUCAAUUUUUGAGUCGUUUCGCAUAUGGGUCGCAUUUUUUGUCCUUUUUGGCUCAGAUGUUAUUCUGUUCGUAUUUGUGACAUUACUUCCGACAUAUCUCAGAACUGUCAUGAAGUUUGACAUAACAGCGAGCGCAGGAUUGAGCGCAAUUCCUUACAUUGCAAAGUUCGUUCUCUACAUAUGUGCAGGAUUUUGUGCAAAGCGACUGAUUUCAAUGGGAGUGAAAGUCAUCUAUGUUCGAAAACUAUUUCAGUCGAUUGGUAUGUUUAUUCCUGGACUCGCAUUGAUUCUCGCGGCCUAUGUAAAAUGCAACAUUCCACUCGUCAUGCUGGCUUUCACCUUGUGCGUCGGAAUGGAAGCGGUCACUACUCCUGGUAUCAAAGUUACAAUAAUGGAAAUGGCGCCAUCUUUUGGAGGAAUAAUUUUCUCAGUUGCAAACACAAUUUCAUCGACGUCUGGUUUCAUUGUACCACAAAUAGCAGGUCUAUUACGAACAGCUCACCAAGACGAUCCGAUACAAGGAUGGAGAGCUCUGUUCUGGUUAUCAACAUCGAUUGUCUUCGCGGGAGGAAUUUCAUUUCUGCUAUUCGGCACCGUAGAAGUUCAGGAAUGGGCAAAGUCAAAGGAAGAAGAAGAGAACGCCUCAAAAGAUAAUGAAAAAGCAAAGUUGAAAACUGAAUCUAUCGCAUAAUUGGGAUGAAUCAUGUGUAACAUUAUAAAACAAAAAUAUAUUCUAGGUUUUCAAAAGUGUUGGAGAUCUAAAAAACGUUUCAAGCUACGAAAAAUAGCUAUGUAUGAUACAGAAUUUUUUUGACAUUUAAAAAAGAAGGGUUCCGACCCACAAACCCCCCACCCGGUUACGCUCCUGGGUACAUGCUUUUUUUUAAUAUUCCGAGUUAAAUUCUUGCCAACAAACAUUAUCUCGCGAAUCUCCAUUACUCACAAUUACAUCAUAUGGGCGUAGCCUUUUUUUUUAAAUGCAAUUUUGUGGCAUUUGCAGUGAGACACAAAUUCUUACGUCUUUUUCAAAACAUUUUGAUCAAUUUUUGAACGAUUUACUGAAAACCACAAACGUUUCCUGGACUAUUUGCAAUGAUCCUUUCUCCUGAUAAACCAACCGAUAUAGAUAAAAAUGCGCGCUUAUACAGCUUGGAUAACUUUGACGAUUCUUCAGCAUAUUGUUGGAUAUCAGUAGCUGCUUUUACCUAGCCUUUUUCGGAACAAAAGCCACGUACCGCUUUAUACAAAAAAUUUGGCCUUUGCAAAAAAUGUGAGGCUGGCU